AGUCAACAUGGUAAAUCAGUUAUCCUUAAUAUAGAAAUAGAAUUCUUAACUUGAAUUCAAUCUAUGGUUAUAUAAUUAUCAACAAAUUGUGACUUAAUCGAUAUUUGGGAUAUAAAUUGAACUAAUGCUCAAUUCAAGGGAACAACAAUGAUUAUUUAAUCCGCGAAAUAUCAUUUCAAAUCAAAAUAUAAAUCAAACAUAAAAAAAUGUCAUCUACGAUAUAUAUAUGUCCUAAGCUUUUACCGCAAAAGUUAAGAUUGUAUCUUCAUAAUUUGGCAAAAAAACACAAUAGGAGAAGAGCUGGGAGCUCAUCGUUUUAUUCUUGCCGUUGUUUAUUAUGUUUCGCCUUUUUAUGGAUCAUAGCUUUAUGGAUUUUUCUGUCCUUUAACGAGGACACAUCCGCAAAAAAUGUAACAUCUUUUCCAAACAGAAAUUCGCAAGAUCUUAUAAAAAUAUCCCCCCUUCAACCGUUUGAUAUUCAUAGAAUCGGUCAAAAAAUAGUCAAUUUACCAAAAAAGUUUUACCAAAAUUUCGCAGAAGUUGUGGAUAAUUGGGCAGGGCAUCCGGAUGAAGCUGGUGUUGGUGUACUGCCACCUCCAGAUCAAGACGAGACAAUGGAUCCUAAAGGAUAUGGCGAUAACGGCGAAGCCGUUGUUUUUAAAAAAUUAAAUCCUGAACAGCAAAAAGAAAUGGAUGAAGGUUGGCAAAACAACGCUUUUAAUCAAUAUGUUAGUGAUCGCAUAUCUCUACACCGUAAAUUGCCUGAAGUCAGAGAUAAAGAAUGCUUGGCGAUAAAAUAUGAUUAUAAUCUUCCAACGACAAGUAUUGUUAUGUGCUUUCACAACGAAGCCUUUUCGGUCUUAUUAAGAGGCGUUCAUUCAAUUAUAGAUCGAACACCAUCGCAUUUGCUCAAGGAAAUUAUUUUAGUCGAUGAUUUUUCUGAUAUGGAUCACGUGAAAGGAAAAUUGGAUAAAUAUAUUGCUAAAUUGGGUAAAGUUCGCGUUGUAAGGACUAAAAGGCGUGAAGGCUUGAUCAGGGCACGAUUAAUCGGUGCUGCUAAUGCCACAGGGGAUGUUAUUACUUUUUUGGAUUCUCACAUUGAAUGCGCUAAUGGGUGGGCCGAGCCUUUAUUACAGCGUAUAAAAGAAGAUGAAAGUCGCGUGGUGUGCCCUGUGAUAGAUGUCAUCGAUGAUUCUACAUUUAAAUUUCAUUAUUCGGGAGCCAUAGGUACUAAUUUGGGUGGAUUUGAUUGGAAUCUGCAAUUCAAUUGGCACGCUAUUCCCGAAAGAGAGAAAAAAAGGAGGAAGUCCGCUGUCGAUCCCCUUUUUUCCCCCACGAUGGCUGGUGGGUUAUUUUCUAUCCACAGAGGCUAUUUUGAAAAAAUAGGAACUUAUGACGCCGCUAUGGACAUAUGGGGAGGAGAAAAUCUAGAGUUAUCUUUCAGGGUAUGGAUGUGUGGUGGUACGUUAGAAAUUAUACCUUGCUCUCAUAUCGGACACAUAUUCCGCAAAAGAAGCCCUUACAAAUGGAAAGCGGGAGAAAAUGUACUAAAAAAAAAUUCCGUUAGAUUGGCAAUGGUUUGGUUGGAUGAAUAUGCCGAUUACUAUUUUCAAAGGAUCAAUCAUGAUUAUGGCAAUUAUGGCGAUAUCUCUUCGAGAAUAGCUCUGAGGGAACGAUUAAAAUGUCACAACUUUAGCUGGUACAUUCAUAAUGUCUACCCCGAACUUUUUGUUCCCGGGGAUGCUUACUCUACUGGAGAGAUCAGGAAUAUGGGAAAUAAUUCGUUCUAUUGUUUGGACUCCGCUGCAAAUAAACAAAGUAUAAAUAAACCUGUUAACAUGUAUCCCUGCCAUAGACAAGGUGGAAACCAGUAUUGGAUGUUAAGCAAAGAUGGCGAAAUCAGACGAGAUGAUAUGUGCAUUGAUUAUGCUGGAAGCGCUCCUGUUGUAUUUCCUUGUCAUAGUCAAAAGGGAAAUCAAUAUUGGGUCUACAAUCCUAUUAAAAAGUCAAUCGAACAUUUUUAUAGCAAAUUAUGCUUAGAGAUGAAUAUAGACGGUCAAACGUUGGUAAUGAAAGAAUGCAAUAAAUUGUCUCAUCAACAAUGGGAUUUAGAAAAAUAUAAAUAUGGUGUCAAAAUAUCAAACGAAGUUUAAACUAAUAAAUAUAAAUUAACUUUAUUUAGUUAAUCUAAUUAAUAAAUAUUCGGUCUCCCAAUGCACUUAUUUUAAUUAAAAUGCGAUUUUUUGUAUGAAUUUGUCUUAUUGUAAUAAUUUUGUUAUGCUUGAAAUAAACUUGCAUAGAAUUUUAUAUCGCCAAAUACUUUUUUUAUAUAUAUAAUUCAAAAAAGUUACUUCCCUGUUACAUUGUGAUUUUUUUAUGAGG